CAUAUCAUAGCAGGUAGGUACCACGGUACCUACGGCACAGCGUAUCGUCACGGGAGCCGCAACAGCCGGACGUAUACAAAAACGGUUGUAUUACGAUUGCAGAUGACAUGAACGACGAGGAGCCGCCGCCCGGCGCUGCGCUCGCCGUCGAGCCUAGCGAGGCGCCCGAGCCGAAGAAACCUGGCCUCGGCCUUGGGGCGCUAGCCAAGGUUGCGGGCCGGCUCAAGCAGACCGACGCACAAAAGGCCGAUCGCGACAGGCGGCGAAAAAAGCGAGAAUUGCUGCGCCAUCUCAAGAAGUGAUGUCCAGUGUCCUAAAAACGAGUCUCGAGGCAGAAGGGCUUCGCAAUAAUCCACCGCCCGCCCCUCUUUGAAAGGUCACUCCAAGACAUAAAGACCGCGUCUUGGUCUAGGCUAGCCUGCUGGAGCUUGAUUCCACACGCAGGCGGCGGCUGCUCGAAACGUUUACGGCGAACGACCGCACGGAGGCGCUCCGGGCGGACGUGAGACGCGCCGAGGGCGAGGCGGUUGGCGCGUUCGUCGGACCUGAGCUCAUGGAUAUCUUGUUCCGGCGAUUCGAGCCCAAGGGAGUCUCGAAGGCCGACGUGCGGCGACUCGCGGCCAUCAACUACACGCCGAGCCAGUUUGACCUCUCAUGAGCGGCCAAAUCACUGGUCGAGAAGCGUGUAGUAAGUGUAAAACAAUAGCAGGUU